AUGGGCGAUCCAGAGCCGAGUGCCGAAGAAGCCCUCACUAAAGAGGAGAUUCAAAGCGGCCCCGAGGCGGUUCCCGCUGGGGAAAAGCGUAAAAACCCAUGUACGCCUUUGUCCUUUGAUACCCAGAUCAUCUCUCGCGCCCUAUGGCUAACGCAAAAGAACCAAAAACCCCCUUUUUCAGUCGCCGCGCUCAUGGCACCCAAGAAAAAAGCUCCAGCGCGCCCUUUACCCGGCGGCGGCCACUUGUUCAAGGACCGCAUGGGCCUAGGCGCCUAUCUCGCGGAACCCUCAGCCUUUCCCGCGUCAGUCGUCGUCGCCCACGACGCCGACUUUGUCGUCAUCCGCGACAAGUUCCCCAAAGCCACAGUCCACACGCUCAUCCUGCCGCGGUCCUCCGCCAUUAACCUGCUGCACCCGUUUGACGCUCUCGCCGACCCGACGCUGCUGGCGGACGUCCGCGUGCAAGUUGCGCGCACGCGCGCGCUGGUAGCGGCGGAGCUGCAACGGCAGCUCGGACGGUUCAGCAGGGCCGAGGCGGCGCGGCAAGCCGUGCUCGACGGGGAAGAAGCAGCGGUCCAGGGCCAAGGUGGUGGUGGUGGUGGUGGUGGUGGAGAGAUGAUGCUGCCGCCGGGGAGGGACUGGGCGGCCGAGGUCAUUUGCGGCGUGCAUGCGGUGCCGAGUAUGAGCCACGUGCACGUGCACGUGUUGUCAAGGGACAUGCACUCGCACAAGAUGAAGCACAGGAAGCAUUACAAUUCGUUUGUGACGCCGUUUUUGGUGGAUAUUGACGACUUUCCGCUGGCAGAGGACGAUCCGAGGAGGGAUACGAGGCGCGAGGGCUAUCUGAACUGGGACCUGCGGUGCUGGCGGUGCGAGCGCAACUUUGGGAACAAGUUUGCGCAGCUAAAAGAUCAUCUAGAGCAAGAGUUUGACGAGUGGAAGCGAGAAGAUGCGGGCCUCGGCUUUCAUACAGCAUGA